AUGUCCAACAGUAGCUACAUCAACGCACUAGUACGCUAUCUCUACGAGGAGAGCCAGGAGCACAACGUUAGCACGUUAAGCCUCGCCUCGGGCUACAACCUCCAUGGCAAACAACUGAAGUCGGACACUAUUAAGUCCUAUAUUCGUCAUGUUUCAACUUUCCUGAUGCGUUUUGGGGGUCAUGACCCACGCUAUGACAAUGUUGGGGAUACAAAAAUGUCUCGUUAUCUUACUUCUAUCUUCGAUGAAGUUUCCUGCCAUGAAGGUGUUCGUGAUAAAUGCGAACCAUACACUUUACGCCUCCAGCAAGAGUUGGAAGCUCGUAUCCUCCGCGAUGCCGUUGAUCGUGACAGUCUGUUGGCCGCCCUUGCAGACUGGUUUGUUUGUCACUUGAUGACUGGGUGCCGGCUCUCCAAAUGGGCCCAGACAUCUGCUGGUAUUGAAUUUGGGCAGCACGCUCGAGAUUGCGAUGGCGUUCCCCUCGCUUUUUGUAUUGAAGAUAUCGAUUGCCGCGACGCCAAUAACGCCAAGGUACCGAUUGCAGUUUUUCUCCACCAUCCCGAGAAAGUCCACCGGAUCUAUAUCCGAUGGACACACCAGAAGAAUGGUGACCAUGGUGAACUCCGUUUGUUCACGCUUAACACUUCCAACCCGGCACGCUGUUUCAUCAAGCGCAUGCACUCACUCAUCUCGCGGUUUUACCGCCUUAUGGAUGAAUCGUUGCCCACUGGCAUUCCGCUCUCCGUUUACCGCUCCGACGGCGGUAAGGUAACCAACAUCCAUGAUGCCGUGAUCACCAAAGUGAUGCGGGACCUCGCGAUUCAUGUCUACAAAUUGGAUCCUACCAAAGACAAGAUCAAAUUCUCGUCUCAUUCCCUUCGCGUUGGCGCUUGUGUUGCUCUACAUGCCCUCGGCUUCACUUUGGACCAAAUCAAAUUCCUCCUCUGA